AUGAGGGAAACACAAAAUCUUAGCAAAGGAAACGACUUGAAUUGCUCAAAAGUGUCGGAGAAUUUUCAUGCGGGCCAUGGAUUUUUCAUCACAUCAAGCAAGAUGCCAUUUAAAUGGAGCCAAAUCAACAAUAAACGACUUCGAUGUGAAUAUGAAGAUGAAUUUGUUUCUUUUUUAGCUCAAGCGACACAGUCAAUUUCGGGCUUUACGGGCGGAAAAGCCGCACUGAAUUGUACUUUGUCUAAUCGAGAAAUCUUGUUUCUCGAUGUUCAAAGGGGACGGUUAAAGCUUUCUUGUCCAUUGUGUGACCCAAAUGCUGAUCAGUCUAUCAUUGAUCGAGUAUUUAAACGAUUCGAUGAUAAUGACACGUUGAGAGAAGCUAUCUCAUUCUGGCAACACUCUCAGAAGAACAUCAGCAAGUUUUGUGAAUGCAUUGAUCAAAUUGGCGACGGGAAGAGUUGCAAAUUCCUCUCCAAUUCUUCGAUUUCACCCGAACAACUACCAGUGUUCGCUGAACUAAAGUUGUCUCAAUCGACGAUUGUGACUCCACUUCUCUUUUUGCUCUCGUCUCUAGCUGUUCUCAUUUUCUGCAUUUUUUUCAUUUUACAAAAGGCUCAAAGAAGCGAAACAUCCCACUCAAGUGAUAGAGAAAUGAAAGAAAUGACUCCAUUACAAAUGGAAAUUCUGAUGGAAGCUGCUGUUGAUUUUCAUGAAGAUAUUCAGAUUGUUAAAAUCGAACAAACAUAUGAAGAGCGAUCUAUUGGAGUUGGAGAGUUCGGGAAAGUCUGUGAAUUGAUCGAUCACAAUCCGCCAGCCGUCAAGAAGUGCUUGAGAAAGAAAUCCCAAACCGAUUCACAAACGAGUCUCAUGCGUUUUAAACAAGAAUUCAUGAUCUUGAGAGCAUUGAAUCAUCCAAAUGUUGUCCAUUUAUUACACAUGGAAACAAUUGAAGGAUCAAAUGAUUUCGGGAUCGUUAUGGAGUACUGUCAACGGGGGAAUCUUGGAAAUAUUAUGUGUAACCCAAGGAUCAUCUACUCGAUGAAAACGGUGAUUGUUUGGAGUGAAGAGCUCUUUGAUGCUGUUGAUUAUAUGUUUCGAGAGCACAAAGUGAUACAUCGAGAUAUAAAACCGGAAAAUAUCUUUGUCACAAUGGAUUUUGUUUUAAAAAUUGGAGACUUUGGCUUAGCGAAGUUCAUCGAGAAGACGUGUGUGGGAAGCUUUGCUGGCACACAUCGCUAUAUGAGCCCAACAAGGUCGAAAGAGGGUGAUGACUUGCAGGCAUCUCACCGGAACGACGUGUAUGCUCUGGGACUUGUUUUGUGGGAAAUCGUUGAGAGAAGAAUGGUUUUCUGGGAAUACGGCUCAAGGGGAAGCUUUAAUCCGUAUAAUUUCCUAGCAGAUAUCAUUCAAAAGAAGCUCAAGCGAUUGAGUACACCGAAUUGUCAACGGGAGAUCCGAGAGCUCAUUAAGAGAUGUACAAAUUUUGAUCGUUCAUCCCGGCCGAUGGCUGUUGAAGUGCUCGAAGAGAUCAGGAGAAUUGAGCAGAGUGAUUCAUUCAUUUCAUCACUCCUCUUGAAACCACUCGAAAAAAACGAGCAACAAAAAGUGCUUCGACCAAUCGGAUUCGAUGAUUGUAGACGACUUUCGAGAUUUCGACUUUUGGAGUGUGGCUGUGAGCUUGAUGAAGCUGGCGGCUGCUUGAUGAAGCUGGUGAUGUGCCGAAGAAUU